UUAAGCAAGGUGUGUCCUCAUCCUUCCUUAUUCUUAAGAGUAAAGUCUAAAUUAGUGUUGUUUGUGAAAUACAUUCUGACACUACGUGUUUGUGACUUACAAUUCUUACCGUACUUUUAUAUAAGGUGCCAUAUAAAUUGUAAGUUGUGAAGCUACCAUCAUGGUAUUCUUAACUAAGUUAUACAUCUGUGUAAUAUGUGUCUGUUUACUCGUGCAGUUCUUACACGCUGCCAUACUUCACACACCUCAAGAGGUUGGACCAGGUCCUUGCAUCGAUAAAAACGGAAUUAAACGUAAAUUAAAAGAGAUUUGGACGGAUAACGAAAGGUGCGAAAAGCACAGAUGCGUGGUGAUACGAGGAAUUCGAAAUAUAAAAACUUAUAAAUGUACAGUUAUCGAUAAUCCUGAAGGAUGCACAAUUAUAAAAAGGAAAGGACCUUACCCUCGAUGCUGUCCGGAUAUCCAAUGCUAAGCUGUCGCCAUCUGGUGUGGAAAUUUUGAAUCAUUUUGCACAUCAUUCUACAUUGUUUACUCAUAAAUAUGUAUUUCAAUUCCUUUAAUUAUUCAUUUAAUAAAAAGUAAUAAUUAAACACGCUAAUUUUGUAUAUUAAACUU